CUUCUUCCUCCCCUGCUUUCCAAUGCAACCUUAAAGCUUUCAGGCUCGCUUUGGUCCCAUAAACCGUCUCCCUCCUCUCUCUGUCUCAUUGCCUUCGCCGUUCCACUCCACAUUUGUUCGUCCAUUUCUUCCCAACUUCAUUCUCUGCUCCCCCUCAAAAUCCCAACUUCUUCUUCUUCUUCUUCUUCUUCUUCUGCAUUGGUCCUGUUUAGGAAGAUUUAAUCCGGUUCAACUCGCUUCUUGAGUUGUUGUUGUUUUAGUCGAGGAUUUUUGUGUUUCGUAGUGAAAGUUGGGAUUUUGGACAUGGAAGGAGGAAGACGGGGGAUGGACAGCUUGGUGACGGCCAGGCGCACGCUGGUGGCGAGCCUGGAGAAGUCGCGGACGCUGGGCGCCGCCCUCGCGCGCGCCGGCCCCCGCCUCGACGAGAUCCGGCAGCGCCUCCCCUCGCUGGAGGCCGCUGUCCGCCCGAUCUGCGCCGACCGCGGCGCGCUCGCCGCAGCGGGCGGGCAUAUCGACCGCGCCGUUGGCCCUGCUGCCGCCGUGCUCAAGGUGUUCGACGCGGUCCACGGCCUCGAGCGGUCCCUCCUCGCCGACCUCCGCGCCGAUCUCUUCGGCUACCUGUCGGUCCUCAAGCGCCUCGAGGAGGCCCUCCGGUUUCUCUCUGAGAACUGCGGCCUCGCGGUGCAGUGGCUCGACGACAUUGUGGAGUACCUCGACGACCACUCCCUCGCCGAUCCCCGCUUCAUCGAGGCCCUCAAGGCCUCCCUCGACUCCGUCAAGCCCUCACCUUCGGCUCUCGACGGCGGCCUCCUCGUUGCCGCCCUCGACAAGCUCGAAUCUCAGUUCCGGCGCCUCCUGGCCGAUCACACCGUCCCUCUUCAAAUGCCAUCCGACAUCGUCGGCGUCCCAGCCAUCGCCCCUUCCCCCCUUCCUGUCUCUGUCAUCAACAAGCUCCGCGCCAUCCUCGAGCGUACCACUGCAAACGACCGGCUUGAUCGCUGCAUCUCCAUCUAUGUCGACGUGCGAGGGUCCAAUGUCCGCGCCAGCCUCCGCGCGCUCGACCUCGAGUACCUCGAGAUCACGCCCGCCGAGUUCAACGGCGUGCAGAGCAUCGAAGGGUACAUCCAGAAGUGGUGCCGCCACCUCGAGUUUGCCAUCAAGCACCUCUUCGAGGCCGAGUUCAAGGUGUGCAUCGAGGUGUUCGAGCGUGCUGGACCGCGAGAUGUAGCCCUGUCAUGCUUCGCGGAGAUUGCUGCACACGCUGGGAUGCUUGCGUUCCUCCGGUUUGGGAAGACGGUCACCGAGACAAGGAAAGAUCCCAUCAAACUACUCAAGCUUCUUGAUAUCUUUGCGACAUUGAACAGAUUAAGGUUGGACUUCAACCGGAUUUUUGGAGGAAAGGCUUGUUCUGAGAUCCAGAAUCAAACAAGGGAUCUUAUCAAGAGAGUGAUUGAUGGGGCUUGUGAGAUCUUUUGGGAGCUCUUGCAUCAAGUGGAGCUGCAAAGACAGACGCCACCACCUUCCGAUGGAGCUGUGCCAAAGCUGGUGGCCUUCGUCACUGAUUACUGCAAUAAGCUUCUCAGCGAGGAGCAUCUGCCGGUGCUCACUCAGGUUCUGAUCAUAAAUCGGAGCUGGAAGCAGGAGAAGUUCCAAGAGAGACUCCUAACUGAUGCAAUUUUGGACAUAUUUAAAGCCCUCGAGGCAAAUUUUGAGACUUGGUCCAAGAGCUAUGAGGACAUUCCUCUUUCCUAUCUAUUCGCGAUGAACACACAUUGGCAUUUCUACAAGAAUCUGAAGGGGACCAAGCUGGGGGAGCUAUUAGGUGAGGCAAAGUUGAAGGAGCAUGAGCAGUACAAGGAUUACUAUGCUGCAUAUUUCCUGAGGGAAAGCUGGGGAAAGCUUCCAUCUCUACUGAGUAGGGAAGGGUUGAUAUUGUUCUCAGGGGGUAGAAGCAAGGCACGGGAUCUGGUGAAGCAGCGAUUGAAAGCUUUCAAUAGGUCCUUCGAUGAGAUGUAUCAGAAGCAGUCAACUUGGGUUAUAUCAGAUAAGGAAUUGAGGGAGAAACUAUGUCAUUCGAUAGUGCAGACGAUUGUUCCUAGUUACCGGAGCUAUAUGCAGAACUAUGGGCCUCUGGUGGAGCAAGACGCAAGCGCAAGCAAAUAUGCAAAGUACACAGCCCAAAGCUUGGAGAACAUGCUUGGUUCUCUUUUCCUGCAUAAGCCUGGGAGAACAAUGAGUCUCAACAUUAGGCACUCAAAUGGAAAAUUGAAUAGUGUAAUGACUAGCAUGUCUCGCUCUGCCUCAACUGUGAGCUGAUGAAGUCAUUUCCGUUUUUUAGGAUGGAAGGGAAAGAAACCGUGGUUUCUCAUUUUCUCAUGUGUAUAGCAGUUAAAAGCAUGAGGACUGGGUCCGCAGCAAUUGGUGUUGGUUCAAUGAGCAUAUCAUGGUCAUAUGCUUGGAGCAGCGGUAUGGGUUGGCGGCUAGAUAUAUCAGUUUGUACAAAGGUUUUCACGGAUGAUCGGUUAGGGAGCACUAACUGUGAAACUGGAUAUCAAGCAUGCUACGGACAAACUAAUUUGCACGUCUUGAGAAACAAAGACGAUGGAGGGUGACACUGGGAUUGGUGUUUUGGCACUCAUCUAGCAGAAGCUACUUCACUAUACUGCUUUAGAGGUCUAUUUCUCUCUCUGAAUAUGCAUCAAUAUUUAUUCAUUUUAGGCUGGAGGAUAUGGGAAAACAAACAUGCAAUUUGCUUUAAUAUGUAAAUUUUGUAUGUCAAGGUGCACAUGGCGCCCUUGUAUCUUUCUUUUUGUCCAUUCAUCAACAUUCAUCUUAUAGGUUGCAAUAUGCUAAGACCUAGAUUAGAUGCAUGACGCAGGAGUAAACCACAUAGAAUCUUAUUGUGGUGUUGUGAUAGUUUAGCUUAAAUCAUUUCACAAGUUUGAAUUUGCUUUGUUUUCCUCA